AUAGAUAUAAUAUAUAUGUCUUCAUUCGGCAGGAGCCUGAAUUCAGCUGGACCCCUGAAACCAUCGGGAUCGUGGACAGCUCGUUCUUCUGGGGCUACAUUGUGACACAGAUCCCUGGAGGCUACCUGGCGUCGAGGCUGUCUGCAACCAGGCUGUUCGGUGUCGCCAUCGGAGUCUCCGCUUGCCUCAACAUGUUACUGCCUGCCGCAGCCGAGGUGCAUUAUGGGCUGGUCAUCUCCGUGAGGAUUCUCCAAGGUCUGGUUGAGGGGGUCACAUACCCAGCAUGCCACGGAAUCUGGAGAUUCUGGGCGCCGCCCCUGGAAAGGUCCAAGCUGGCAACAAUAUCGUUUUGCGGAUCGUAUGCCGGGGCUGUGCUGGGAAUGCCUUUGAGUGGACUCCUGACCAAACACCUAGGCUGGCAAUCUGGAUUCUAUUGUUUUGGUUUUCUAGGCGUCAUGUGGUCCGUGGUCUGGUGGUUCUUGUCCUACGAGAAGCCGGCCACACAUCCGACAAUAUCCAAAGAAGAGAGGGAUUAUAUCGAGAGCAGUCAGGGGGACACUGGAGUUGCUAGCACCAAA